CAGGUUUCUGAAGGUGACAGUGAAAAGUGAAGAAGUUAUAUUUCUAAUGUGAUACUUGAAAGUUGACUGAUUACCUAAUUUUCAUGAAAAUUAAAUAUGACUUAGAAGAAUUAAUUUAUGAAGGUUUAUGAUGACAUCGAUUGCCACAGAAAGCAGACUCCAGCAGGCUGUGAGCCUGCAGGGAGUUGACCCAGAAACAUGUAUGAUUGUAUUUCAAAACCACUGGGCACAGGUUGUGAAAAUCUUAGAGAAACACGACCCCUUGAAGAAUACUCAGGCAAAAUAUGGAUCUAUCCCUCCAGAUGAGGCCAGUGCUGUGCAGAAUUACGUAGAACACAUGCUCUUCUUACUGAUUGAAGAGCAAGCCAAGGAUGCUGCAAUGGGACCAAUUCUGGAAUUUGUGGUAUCUGAAAAUAUCAUGGAGAAACUCUUCCUGUGGAGCUUGAGACGGGAGUUUACUGAUGAGACUAAAAUUGAGCAGCUAAAGAUGUAUGAGAUGUUGGUCACCCAGUCGCACCAGCCUCUUCUGCACCACAAGCCCAUUCUGAAGCCCUUGAUGAUGUUGCUGAGCUCUUGUUCAGGAACAUCUACCCCCGCUGUGGAAGGCAAGCUGGUUGUCCUGCUUAAUCAGCUCUGUUCCAUCCUUGCCAAAGAUCCAUCCAUUCUGGAACUCUUCUUCCACACUAGUGAGGACCAAGGAGCUGCCAACUUCCUCAUCUUCUCCCUUCUGAUUCCUUUCAUUCACCGGGAGGGGACAGUAGGCCAGCAGGCUCGGGAUGCUUUGCUUUUUAUCAUGUCUCUUUCUGCUGAGAACAGCAUGGUAGCCCAUCACAUUGUGGAGAACACCUACUUCUGCCCAGUACUUGCAACUGGGCUCAGUGGUCUCUACUCUUCCCUGCCUACAAAGCUAGAAGAAAAAGGCGAAGAAUGGCACUGCCUUCUUAAAGACGACUGGCUCCUACUACCAUCUCUCGUCCAGUUCAUGAAUUCCCUGGAGUUUUGUAAUGCAGUCAUACAGGUGGCUCACCCCUUGAUUCGCAAUCAGCUUGUCAAUUAUAUUUACAAUGGAUUCUUGGUACCAGUCUUGGCCCCUGCCCUCCAUAAGGUGACUGUGGAGGAAGUCAUGACCACAACUGCGUACCUGGAUCUUUUCCUACGUAGUGUCUCUGAGCCAGCACUGCUUGAAAUCUUCCUACGUUUUAUUCUGUUGCACCAGCAUGAGAACGUCCACAUAUUGGACACACUUACGAGCCGAAUCAACACUCCAUUUCGGCUUUGUGUGGUGUCCCUGGCUUUGUUCAGAACUCUCAUUGGUUUACAUUGUGAAGAUGUGAUGUUACAACUAAUUCUAAGGUAUCUGAUCCCCUGCAACCACAUGAUGCUGAGUCAAAGGUGGGCAGUAAAGGAGAGAGACUGUUACUCUGUUUCUGCAGCCAAGCUGCUUGCCCUGACCCCCGUCUGCUGCUCCAGUGGGAUCACUCUGACGCUGGGGAACCAAGAGAGGGAUUAUAUUCUCUGGUCAAAGUGUACACAUGAUGACUCAG